CCCCAUACACCCAUAGACCCCUCUCAUCUCUUUCCCCUUUCCCCCAUCCUCCUAACCCCCAAUUUCCCCAAAACUAAACCCAAAUGCCGAUAUGCAUCCACUGCCGCUCCCCCGUCAAAACGCUCUACACAACCUACUCCAAAGCCGACGACCGCGCGCUGGGCAAAGGCGUGCGGCUGACGCAGUGUCCGCGGUGCAAGGCGUUUGCGGAUAAAUACGUCGAGCAUGAUUUCGUCGUGCUGUUUAUUGAUUUGGUGUUGAUUAAACCGCAGGUGUAUCGACAUUUACUGUUCAACCGUCUGGGGCGCGAUGAUGGGAAGUUCGAUCGCUCGAUCCUCCGUCUAGGAAUCCUCCUCCUCCUCUUCGACGUCUACCUAACAUGGGCGCGGAUCGAAAAACUCGCCCUUCCCACCCCAGCAGCAGCACCCCCAUCCCCCCUCAACCCAUCCAGCAACGCCACAUCAGCAACGCAAGCGGAAACAAACGCCUCCCUCCUCCAAGCCCAACCCCUCAUCCUACAGUACCUCUUCUUCCUCCUCCUCGUCACCCUCAGCACCCUCGCCUUCCACUUCCCAAUCCGCCUCCUCUGCUCACUGCGCGCACCCCGCCCGCUCCGCAGCCUGCUGCCGUACUACCCGCACCCCGCGCCGCUGUCCACGGCGCUACUCGUGUCCUCCUGCACGAAGCUGUUCCCUAUUCUGCUCAUCAUAUGGGACUACGAUCUGCCGUCUAGCGCUACGGCGGUGAGUUGGGCGGUUAUUGUGAAUAAUGUUGCUGCGUUGGAGAUUCUUAUGGAUUGUGGGUAUGUGCGGGCUGGGGGGUUGGUUGCGGUGGGCGCGGGGUGUCGGUGGGUUGUUGGUGGGGCGGUGUUGAGGGCUGCGGGGUUG